AAUGUCUGCCCCCACUCACGCACCCUCUACGCCCCAUAUCCAGUUUGCUCUUUCUUAACCAUACAUACCACUGUUUUUCUCCCUUAACUAUUUCAGUUCCUUUUAUUUUUCCUUCGCUCUACUACCCCAAUUCUAGAUCAUUUUUCUCCCCGAAUUUCUUCCCCAUAAUCAUCGUACUCCAACUAAUCCCACUUCCUUUGUAGAAACUAAACAAAGAAACAGUCACUUUCUGAAUUUCAAUAAUAUCUGUUUAGAAAUUGUAUGGUUGCGUGUAAUUUUUCGAUCAAUGAGGAUUGAUUGUAAUUUCUUGAUUUGAGUUUCUGUAUACGUUCAAGUAUGUAGUUGAAGAAUCAAAAGGGAAACUUUUUGAUCAAUUGAUUUCUUGGAUCCAGGGUGGGGGACGGUGACGUUUUGGAAAUUUUGUUUUUGGGAGGUGGAGGAUUUUUAUCCUAAUUGCUGGAUUUUCAUCGGCUGUAAUCUGGGUUUCUUUUUUUUCAUCCUGAGCUGCCGUUGAAAUUGGAGAAAAGAAAUUACGUUGGGGGUGCUAUUGGAGUUUGGGGAAUUACUGAAUUAAAUCAAUUUCCAUGGAGCAUGCUGUGGGUGGAAAAUUUAAGCUUGGGAGGAAAAUUGGGAGUGGUUCAUUUGGUGAACUCUAUUUAGGUGUGAACCUACUAAAUGGGGAAGAAGUGGGCGUCAAGCUGGAAUCUGUGAAGACCAAGCACCCUCAACUUCACUAUGAGUCAAAAGUCUAUUUGCUUCUCCAAGGAGGAACGGGAAUUCCCAACCUGAAGUGGUUUGGAGUUGAGAAUGAAUACAACAUAAUGGUUAUAGACCUACUUGGACCAAGUCUGGAAGAUCUGUUCAAUUAUUGUAACAGGAAGUUCUCCUUAAAAACUGUAUUAAUGCUGGCAGAUCAAUUAAUUAAUAGAAUUGAAUACAUGCAUUCAAGAGGAUUUCUUCACCGUGAUAUAAAGCCUGAUAACUUUUUGAUGGGCUUAGGACGCAAAGCAAAUCGGGUUUACAUCAUUGACUUUGGUCUUGCCAAAAAAUAUAGGGACCUGCAGACUCACAAGCACAUACCAUACAGGGAAAACAAGAAUCUCACCGGUACUGCUCGCUAUGCCAGUGUUAAUACGCACCUUGGAAUUGAACAAAGCCGAAGGGAUGAUUUGGAAUCUCUUGGUUAUGUCCUUAUGUAUUUUCUGAGAGGAAGCCUUCCUUGGCAGGGACUGAAAGCUGGCAACAAAAAGCAGAAAUAUGACAAGAUUAGUGAAAAGAAGAUGUUAACUCCGGUAGAGGUAUUAUGCAAAUCAUAUCCAUCUGAGUUCAUAUCAUAUUUUCAUUAUUGCCGAUCAUUAAGAUUUGAGGACAAGCCAGAUUAUUCUUAUUUGAAGAGGCUUUUUAGGGACUUGUUUAUUCGCGAAGGUUACCAAUUUGAUUAUGUUUUUGAUUGGACAAUACUGAAGUAUCCUCAGAUUGGCACCAAUUCUAAAGCAAGAAAUCCCAGUGGCAAUGCAGGGGCUGGAACUUCUUGUGAAAGACCAUUAAAAACAUCUGUGGGGCAAGAUAUUCGAGAUAGAUUCUCGGGUGCUGUUGAAGCUUUUUCGAGGAGGAACCCUGCAGGUUCAGGGCGUCAUGGUGAACAUUCAAGACACAGGGCAUCAGAAGAUGCACCUUCAUCCAAGGAUGUGCAACCCGAUUUAGAAAGAGUCCAAACUUCUCGAAAUGGCAGCGCUUCAAAGAGAGCAGCAAUUUCGAGCAGCAGACCAAGCUCCUCUGGUGGACCCACCGAAGGCCACUCAAGUAGAUUGAUGUCGAGCAGUGGCCGCGUCUCUACAACACAAAGAAUUCAACCCGUCAUUGAACCUAAAUCAUCUGCCUUCUCUCGUACUGCAGUUACCAAAGGCACUCACAGUGAUCCUCUUCGAAGCUUCGACUUCCUCUCGAUCCGGAAGUAAGCCUAUGGUUUUCAUUGAACGUUGAAUUCCAAGUGAAGGAAAUCUUUUAUUUGCAUAAAUAGUACUCUUUGUAAAUGUGGAAUUGUGUCGUAUCCCCAUUUUGUUUCCUGUUUGUAAGUUGUAAUGCAUAAUUCUCAUCCAAGGAAGUAUUGAGUUUCAUGUGUAGUAAUUUUCAUCACAUGGAAUAUUUGUUUAUAAUAUGAAACCCUCCAUGUUGUCUUUAAA